AUGGGAAAUAUUGAAAUGAAAGAAGAGGCAAUCACUACUUAAUAAGAAUGUUAUCAAUGUAAAGGAAUUGGAUAUGUCACACCUAAAUUUUAUAGAAAAUAUUUAGAUCAAGAUUUAUCACCAACUCAAAAAAGAGAAAGAGAUUAUUGUUUAGAUUGUUUAGGAAAGGGACAUUUAACACUAGAACACUAUGACGAUAAAAAUUUUACUUUAUGA